AUGGAACCUUUACGCCUAAAACCACGCCUGCCGGUGGCAGAGCCCGAUAUCGAGAACUGGGACGAUGACGACUUCCAAAUCGAAACCGAGGACCUCACCUUUCGGACCGCCUCUACCGCUACCAUUGCUGCCCCAGCACGACGCGACUCUGCGUCUUCUCACAUGUCUUUUCGCUCCGAACUCGAAUCAAUUCUUGACGAGGAAACUCAUGUGCAUGUCCCGGGUGACGAUGAGAAGUCGACAAUGGAUGCUAUUGCCGCAGCCACACAGGCCGGCAUCCCCAUACCCAAAAACGUACCUUCUUCUGCCCUAAUGGGUGGCACUAUUAAACGACUAGGUGGAAGGAAGAUCAAGAAGAUCAUUCAGGACGACUGGGAAGACGACUUGGUGCUGCCAGAAUCAAGUCAAGGCCUUCGGAUCAAACCUCAAGACAGCACCAAAUUCCCAGACAUGCUGAGGCAAGUCAGUGGAGGCUCUAACCAAACCAGCCCUACGAAGCCCAUGAAGACCCCCCCAACCUUUUCACAAUUAGACCGGAGAGAGUCGUUAGACCGGAGGCAGUCAACGGAAUCGAGGACGAGCACGCUAUCAGCGGCCAUUACCCUUGAUAAGUUCCGUGACAAUGAUGACGACGACGACGACUUUUUCGGCGAUGGAUCGGAGACUAUCAAAGUGUCCAAGACCCGACCAUCUAAACCUAUUUCACUUAUUACCCCUCCAACGCCUUCAAAGAACGAAAAGCCACUAGAUGAGGAUUUCGAAAAUGACUUCGAAUUGCCUUUAGAUGGCAAGUUGAGGCUCUCAACUCGCAAGGACAUCCCGAAAACUCCAGCACCAUUUGCUGAUGACCUCGACUGGGGUGAGGGAAGCCUUGGUACCCGCUUUGGAGGCACUCGCAGAGACGCUCGUUCUAAUAGAAGCUCAUCUGUCUCAGCGAUGAGCCCCAGUGUCUCGAGCUCAUUCACCUUUGAGAGCGAGGAUGAGAAUUUUGAUGGCCUUGUGCUUCCAAGUGGCCCCGUCAACUUUGAAGAAAGGCUACAGAGGAGGAAACUGAGUCGUUCGCCCGUCCGACCCGUGGAGGAAGAACCCCCCAAUCUUAAGACACCCAAGGCUGAAGCGGAGACUGAAGACUUGCUGGAUGGUCUUGACGUUGGCGACGGCGACGUGUUCAACCCUGGCAAGCUCACACUUCAUCGCAACAUCCGCUUGAAUGAGAAUCGACCUCCUAGCCCCGCGCGCCCCAAAACGGCGGUCUCUCUCACAUUCUCAAACAAGCCUACACCGUCACGCCUGCCACGUCCAAGUCAUGAGAGGACAAUGUCUGCAUUGGAGCCUGUCUCUGAAAGUGGCGGGCCCAUCUUCUCCCGCUCGCGGAGGUCUCAGUCGCGCAUGGGUCAUCAAUCCCAAUCCUCUGUUACCAGUGUCCACAGCAUGCCAACCCCUACAACACCUUCUCCAGCCAACCCUCUACUACCCGCUACUCCACGGAGAAGGGAGCUGGGCUCCAAAGCAUCCGCCACAUCACUGCGGAAUGAGCCUACAACUACAAGCUCACAGCUGCUGAGAUUUAAACGAUCUCUGCCGGCAAUGAAGGCAUCUCAUUCGCCCGCCAAGGGAGCCGGAUCCCGCUAUGAGAGACCGCCUUCAAGGACCGAGAGUAACCGCCAACAAUCGGGGGUGCGACCGAAAACACCGGUCGAGAGGACCCGCCCUGCCAUGGUGGAAAGCCAUGCUGCACAGCAACGACGGCCUUUCCUCCCUGCUGGGGCUUCACAAUCCCAGUCGCAACACGUGACCGCUAAAACUUCUCGCACCUUUCGGCGUCAUGAUUCCGAGAAUGCUCUGGACCUGCGGCCAACCUCGAGAGCAUUCUCGAGAUCAACGAUGCGAUCGCCCAGCCCCAAGAGGCUCAAUCGGCAUUCGGAUCAUUUUACUCCCGAUGGCUUCUCCAGUCUGUCUUUCCGUAACAUGACCAAGCCGCACCGAAGCCGAAAUUUCGGUGAUGGUCACGAACUGGACGGCUUUGACGACCUGCCUACCUCAGCACAAUCUGAGGCGAAAUUCAUUCGACAACCUGCCAAGGCGCCGCUUCGCAACAAGAUCUACCAGAAUGUGCAGGCGGACCGGACUACCACGCCAUCCCCGGCACCGUACUCGUCCCCUGCAAAGUCUGAUUACACGCCCCAUUUCGCCCGUGAUACCCAGGCUAGCCGAAUUGCACGGGAGACCUCGCUUGCUCAACGAACUCCAUCAGGCCCACUGGCGCCUCUCACCUCGUCACGCGUCUCGCAGCUAUCGUCGAGGAACAAUUUCACCCCCGGCAUGCCGCAAGCCUCGGUACGGUCCAAGAAGAAGAGGAACCCUCCUCAAUUGAAACCUCAUCUUAUAUCGAACAUGAAUAAAGAAAAGACGCCACAGCAUCUCCAGGGCAUGUUUUAUAACCCCGAAACAUUUCGUUGGGAAGGCAACGAAAAUGUAUUGAACGCGUUCGACCCACCCGCUUCAUCACCAUCGACAGCAUCAGUGCCGCAGCACAUGAUGCGAGAUAAGGAGACUUCCACCCCCAGACCGGCUUUAAUUACGAACAUCAGCCAUACAAAGGGUGUGCAGGUUGUGGGGGGAAUGGUGUUCGACCCACAGAAUAUGUGCUGGCUGAAGCUCGGUCCACAGACAAAUUCAAAGUCCGAAGUUCCUGACCCCAUGGACGGCUUCAACGCCUUGGAUGAUGACGAAGAUGUCUUCAAGGACAUUCCCGAUCUUGAAGAUAACCAGGGCGAUUCCAAAGAGUCCGGCCGCGUUAGCGAAGUCAAGGACGAGUGGCUGGUCGGCGAAGAAUUUGACGUCGGACCAGAGUUCAUCCGAAGACAACGAGAAGAAGAAGACAGGUGGAGGAAGAAGUGCGAGAAGUGGCUCGGCGUUGGCGACCGAGAUCGCGAUGCCUGGCGGUGGGCGAUUCGCGACAUUCUCCUUUACCAGAGGGCUGCCCAGUAG